AUGCAGUUUCCUCUCUCUCCAGAGGCCUCCCUCCCGACCCCACCCCACUCUCCGCGCUCGCUCGUGCCCGUCCAGCCAGCGACCGUCCUCCUCGACUCCCUCGCUGCCUUUUACCAGCAGGAGCGCUACUGGAUACACCACGCCCGCGCCGCAAUCGAGCUCGCCAUCAGCAAAGGCGCAGAUGCAAAGGCGAUCACCUACCCUACCCCUCCCAGCUCAGACUCUUCUCCUUCCUCCUCGUCCUCUCCAGCUGCUUCUCCCGAAGCCGCCUCCGAUGACCCGGCCGUCAAAGCCGAACCCGGCGCCGACGUGGACCUCUCCGUCGUCAGGGCUAACACCCGCUGGAUGCGCCGGAAGAACAUCAUGCGCCUCAAGCUCGACGGUGUCUCCUCCCACUCCCACCCCCACUCCCGUCACCGGCGACCCAUGCGCGCCCCACACGACGAGCCCGGCGCCCGCCUCCUCGAGAUGUUCUCCGCCCUCGUCGACGCACGCAUGGAGAGCUGCGUCCGUGUCUCCACCCUCGUCCAGCGUGCCAGCCGUCCAGGCUACCACAUCUGUUGA